UCGUUAUUUCCCCUGAUCAAUGGGAUGAGCGUGCUCGAGCGUCGCGUCUCGCGAACCAAGGCAGCAGCCUGGUGAUACAGUGCACGGACAACGCUACAUGAUCCUUUGAGUGACAGCGCCGUGCAUAGAAUGCUCAAUCCCCUCGUCGACCCGCUCACGUCUCCGACGAGGCGUUCACACGCACUUUGGACCACGAGCCACAAUGUCGUGCAAGCAUGAUAGGCAGAUGCUUCAGCCUUCUUGCGUUGCCCAACAAAUUGGUUAUCGCCGACCCAACAGGUUGGAGAGAGCAAAAGCGGCUGGCCUCAUUGACGUCUCGUUAUUUGAGGAUGCAGAUUAUCCAGCACCACUGGUGCUUCCGAAUGAUGAAAUCGAUUUUGAUCCUGAUUAUCCGCCUCAAAGCCUUUCAGACUAGCAG